AUGGGCAACUGCCUCUCGCGCCCGCCGCCGGAACCCGUCGUCGAAGCAGCGCCGCCCGUGAUUCCCGAGCUGCGGCUCGACCUGCCGCGGCGGUGGCCGACGCUUCUCCGGCGCGACGACGAGCCCUCGUCGAGCGGCGGCAGCGCGAGCUCGGCAGACGUGACGACGCCCGCCGACGCAUCCGCAACACCGGCGCCGACAGCGGCUGGCCCCUCGGCCGCAGCACUGGCGACGCUCGCCGGCGCACCGAGACGCCCGCUGCCCCGCUCCAUCUCGGCGCCGUACGGCCGCGCGAGGACAUUCCCCCGCGGCACCCGCCGCCCACUCACAACAACGGACGGCACGCCCCUCCCGUCCCUCCCCAGCAUCGAGGUCGAGCCCACCAACUGGUCAGGCCUGCUGCACUCGGCCAACGGCGGCGGCGGUGGCUCAUCGCACGCGGUCGACGACAUCGGCGUCGGGGCAAAGCGGCGGUCGGUGUCCUUCCAGACGCGUCGCACAUCGCUUGCUGUCGGCCCGAGCAUGUCCUUUGCCCGCUCAAACAUCACAAACACGAGCAGCAUGUACUCGCAGCUGUCUCAUGACGACGUCGACGGCAUCAUCGACUUUACGACUCUUGGGCGGGCGCGCGGUGUCGGCGGCGGCAAGUAG